AUGUCGUACGGGAUGUCCUUCGCUUCGCUCCUCGCCGCUGUUCUCGUCCUCAUACCUCUCCCAUGGCAUUGGCGAGCCCGCAACGUCCCAACCCUCUCUAUAAUUGCAUGGUUAUUCAUCGCAAACGUUAUAUGCGGCGUUAAUACCAUCGUGUGGUAUCAUAACGUCGAUAUUAAGCUUGUCGUUUGGUGCGAUAUUACCACUAAGCUGGACGUCGGCGCAAACAUAGCCCUUCCGGCUGCUUGUUUCUGUCUUUGCAUGCAUCUAGAGCGCAUCGCCUCUGGCCGACAAGUGACCACUACGUUCUCCGACAAGCGGCGUCGGAUGUGGAUCGACCUAGCCAUUUGUGUUGUUGUGCCCAUGGUUUACAUGGCUCUUCAUUAUGUUGUCCAGGGACACCUAUUCGAUAUCGUUGAGGACUUCGGCUGUAGGCCGGAGGAUUAUGUCUCCAUCCCCGAAUUUUUCCUAAUGUGGUUCACACCAAUCUUGCUCUGCCUCGGAACCUUCGUAUUUUCUGGUCUCGCAUUCAUUCACUUCCUUCGUCGACGUGCAACAUUUGCGAGGCACCUCGCCAACUCUAGCACUGCUCUCACACCUGGCCGCUACUUCCGACUCAUGACCAUGGCGCUCGUCGAGAUGUUCUGGGCGCUAUUUAUUAUUUCCUGCACCUUAUACUUCAAUUACCGCGAUGGCCUACGACCGUGGAUCAGUUGGGCCAACGUCCACUCCAAUUUCUCCAACAUCAAUCUUUUUGCAUUGAUCGUGAUUCCGCCGACGCUGUUGCAGUGGACGUACUUCCUUUGGUGGACCACACCCAUUUCUGGGUACCUCUUCUUUGUAUUCUUCGCAUUUGGUGCGGAUGCUAUGAAGGAGUAUGCUUUGUUCGUCGCAUGGUUUCGCCGUAACGUUCUCCACCAGAAACGGGAAGCCGCAUUUCUCCCGUGUCCUUUGCAUGGUCCCACAAAUAUCCGUAAACGAUCGGUUAUCCCUGUCAUUCUCUCCAAUUCUCAGGACUCCAACUUGCCAUCGAGCCUUGCGGAGCACAAGAUCCGGUACCCGGACAGUCCCGGUGCUCUGUCUUUAACAAGCACCAUCCCAUCAUACUAUGAGGCACUGGUCAGCUGUUCGGCUCUUCAUGAGGCGCCUAUAUCCCCGUCAUCGCCAACGACAUCUGUAAUAACAAUUCCAAUACCCGCAAGGCUUCAUGAUAGCAGCCGCCCUGCCUCUAGACCAUAUUAUGCAGGAACUGUGCAAAUUGUAUGA